AUGUCUGAAGAGAUCGACAAACACGUCGCAAAGAAGUAUGAAAUAGUUCAGCGACUAGGCAAAGGAGCUUAUGGGAUCGUGUGGAAAUCAAUUGACAAGAAGACGCAGGAUGUUGUAGCUCUCAAAAAGAUAUAUGAUGCCUUUCAAAACAGCACUGAUGCGCAACGAACAUUCCGAGAGAUAAUGUUCCUUCAAGAAUUGGAUGGGCAUGAGAAUAUAAUUCGAUUAAUGAAUGUGCAUCGUGCGGAGAAUGAUCGGGACAUAUAUUUGGUAUUUGAUUUUAUGGAGACAGAUUUGCAUGCUGUGAUUCGCGCAAAGAUUCUGGAGGAGAUCCAUAAGCAGUAUAUUGUGUAUCAGUUGUUGAAGGCUAUAAAGUAUAUGCAUAGUGGUGAGUUGUUACAUCGGGAUAUGAAGCCUUCAAAUAUUUUGUUGAAUUCGGACUGCGUAGUAAAGGUUGCAGAUUUCGGGUUGGCUCGUUCGAUUGCGUCGAACUUAGUAUGUGUCCGUUGUUCAUCUGCGCGGAAUGGGUCCCAGCAACGUGCAACCAGACGGUCUAGUGGGAGUUCCUUACCUCGGAAUUCGAGUACUGAAAGUGGACGGAAAAUGGUUGAUGGUCAAUCAUCAAGUGCUACAAAAUACUUCUCUUGUGUAUUGUGCGGACAUCAAUACGACGUUUCAGAAAUCGGCGACGAAAUUCUAGAUGAGAGCAUGGUACUUACAGACUAUGUCGCCACACGCUGGUAUCGAGCUCCUGAGAUCCUUCUAGGCUCAACAAAAUAUACCAAGGGGGUCGAUAUGUGGAGUCUUGGAUGCAUCCUAGGAGAACUCAUGCUAGGAAAACCACUAUUCCCUGGCUCCAGUACACUCAACCAACUUGAACGCAUUAUCCAACUCAUCGGCAGACCCACACCCGAAGACUGCCAGUCAGUCAAAAGCCCCUACGUCGAACAUCUACUCGACAAUAUCAACAUCAAUAAAUAUCAGUCAUUCAACGAUCUAUUCCAUCAAGCCAACCCUUACGGCAUUGACCUACUUAAAAAACUACUCAGGUUCAACCCAAGCAAACGAAUCACCGCAGCCGAAGCACUCAGACAUCCAUACGUCAAACAAUUCCAUGCACCUGCUGAGGAAGUCGUCUGCAAUAAGAUUAUCAACACGCCGAUCAAUGACAAUAAAAAAUACAACGUCAAUGACUACAGGAAUAAAAUAUACCAAGAGAUUAGCAAACGCAAAAAGAAACACUCAUCGUAA